AUGGGAGAUGCUCAGCGGAAGGAGUUGAAUGCUUUUUUCUCAUUCUUUGCCACGUUUGAGCUGACUCGGCCAGUCGCUACUAUUGCUGACCUCUCCGACGGUGCCGCUCUAUUCGAGGUCUUGUCACUAAUCGAUGCGGACUAUUUCCGUCCCCCAGCCCGCCCUUCCGUCCAACCCUCGGACAACUGGGUCAUCCGGUUUAGUGCCCUCAAACGCUUGUACCGGCUCAUGACCCAGUAUUUCUCAGAUGUCCUCCACCAACCCACAAGCGCGCUCGAGGUCCCCGACCUCCAAGCCAUCGCUCAGGACUACAAUAUAUCAGCAACGCUUAUAAUGUGUCGUCUCACGAUCGCCAUUACAGUACAGUGCGAGAAGAAUGCGGACAUCAUCAAGAAGAUCCAGCGACUAAGCGAGUCCGAGCAGCAUACCCUCAUGCGUGUCAUUGAGCAGGUCAUGGCUAAAGUGAAGGUCUCUGGAGACGCGAGCCUCGGCGAGGUGAGCAUGACCGAGGAUGACCACUAUUAUCAGAUCCAGUCGGAGCGCAGUCGCACUCUAUCAGAGAAAGAGACCAUCGAGAAGGUCUAUCAGACCCUCCUCGAGGAACACCGUACACUGCAGACCAACUUUGAUGAUGUGACUUCCGAGAAGGAAGACGCUCUCGCCCAACUGCGUCAAGCUCAGCGCGAAGCGGAGAGUAAGCGUGUUGACAGCAGAGGAGAUGCGAUGAUGAGAGCAGAGAUUGACCGCCUGCGAACUGAGCUCCAGAAGAGCGAAGAUAAUCUAGCCAUGACGGAAGCAGAGCUAGACAAGCAAACCACAUUGGUCACGGAUCUCACACGUAAGAUCGACGAAUUGCAAGUGCAAGCGGAUGAGGCGGCUCGUCUGAAGGAUCAGGUCGAUGAAUAUCGUCAUGCUGCUGAUAAACUGCAAAAGACGGAAAAUGUAAUGGAGAAGUACAAGAAAAAGCUUCAAGAAGGGGCAGAUCUACGACAACACGUCAAGGCACUGGAGAAGCAAAAUGCAGAUCUAGUAGACAAAAAUGCUUCCCUGGAAGAGGAGUACCGGAAGGUUGCCGCAUUUAAGCCUCUUAUGGACUCGUACAAGACUCAAAUAUCCGAGCUGGAGACGAAAGCUUCCGCGCGGACUAAGGAACUGGAUACUUUGAGAUUCGAGCUUGACCAGGCUAAAGCGAAGUUGAAAGUGUCAGAAGACGAGCGGGCCAAAGACUCCGAGACACUCGAGUUGUAUCAGGAGCGCGUUCGUGAGCUUGAGCUCACAUCACAUGGACGUCCUCUCGUCGCAGCAUCCUCACGUUCGCGCCCUACUGACGGCACAGAAGGGAAUACAGAUGAAUUUACUGAGGCAGAGUUGUUGGGCAAUGACGCAGGUGAGGCAGAGCAUACUGAGGAUGACGAUGGAGAUAUGCAGGGAUUAGGAGAGGAACUAGACUCGGCGCUCUCAGGCACCACAAUGACGGACCUUAAGUUACAAGUGCGCAAACUUCAGCGGGAAUUGGAGGCAGUGCGGAAGAAUGAGGCGGACGCGAGCCGCGUCUUAGUCCUUGAAAACCUGCUAGACGAUGCGAACCGAAUGAAGGCGCGAUACGAGGCUGACUACCUUGCUGCGCAUCGAGAAACACUAGUGCUGCAACACAACCUGGAGGAGAUUAGAAGUGGAAAGUCAAUGGGUGACGGUGCCGAAGCGGCGAUCGCAUUGCGUCAGCGCUUGAACGAGACCGUCGAUCAGCUCGAUGCGCUACGGAAAGAACAUGCUGAAUUGGAGGUCAAGUUCGAGAACAUGAGUAAUGAGUUGACUAUUGCCAAGUCAGAUUUGAACCUUGUCAACAAGGAUCAACUCGAUAUUCUCGCCACCCUUCGGGAAUCGGUCAACGAAGACAAAGCCGGUCUUGAGGUUGAAGUCGAAGAGCUACGUAAUCAGAUCAAAGAGUUGUCUGACAAGAACAAGAUGCAACUCGAGCAGGUCAACGGAUUGUUACUGGAGAAAGUCAGUCUACAAAGUGAAGGCAUUGACCAGCGAGACAGGAUGCUUCAACGCGAACGCGCCUUUGGCGACUUGCGCGCGUCUAUAUCAGGGAAGGACGUGCCCGAAGACAUCAAAGCGCGUCUACUCGGUCUACACGAGGAGAAUAUUGCGCUCAAAGAACAAUACAAGGUCGCUCAGGAGAAACUUCUCAAAGCCAAGACAUUCAUCAAACAGCAAGAUAAGUUGUUCAAGGAAGAACAUGCGAAGAAAGAUGGUGUAACACCUCCCGGUGCAUUCCAAGAAGCAGAAGAGAGUUAUCGCUCGCAAAUCAAGAUUUUCGAGGAAGACAUUGCUAGACAAAAGCGUCUCCUUGUCGAUGCUACGAAACGAUACGCACGGGAACAAGCGCUCAUGUUAAGUGUCAUCCACGAUAUGGGCAUGCAAGCCGCAAGAGACCACCUGGGCAAUAAGCAGCAGCAGCUACGGUCAGGUCCGACGAGUUGGUUGGGACAACAGCGGAGAAAUGUCCGUACACCCGUUUUUCUGCUCGGCACUUGA